AUGGCCCUUGCUGGCUUCUCCGCCAUGAUCGAGGCAUCUCCUCUCCAGCCACGCGGCGGAAGCAAGCGUGGUCUUGCCUUCCCCAAACAACACAAUGGUGUUGCUGGAUCACAAUGGACACACAAGUUCAAAGAUACAAAGGUUUCUUGGAUGUACGACUGGGAGGGCGUCAUCGAUGGAACACCCCUCGACCUCGAAUAUGUUCCGCUUCUUCACUCCAACCAGCAGUGGUGCACUGAAGGGUGGAACACCAACAUCGCCAACGCCCGCAAGAACUACAAAGUCUCACACGUGCUGAGCUUCAACGAGCCUGAUCAAGUCGAUGGCGGAGGCUCCAACAUCGAUGUCCCCACUGCCGUCGCGACCCACAAGAAGUUCAUCCAGCCCCUCGCCGCACAAGGUCUCAGGAUCGGCUCUCCUGCAGUCACCAACGCCAACGAGCCUAACAAGGGCAUCAACUGGCUCAAGAGUUUCAUGAACACCUGCAACGGAUGCCAGAUCGAUUUCGUCGUCGCCCACUACUACGCCUGGGACAAGCCCGAGGACUUCAAGAACUACCUGAGGAAGUUCCACGACACCUUCAACAAACCUGUUUGGAUCACCGAGUUCGGUGUUACUGAAGGUAACGCCGACGAAUUCUUGAAGCAAGUUCUUCCCUGGAUGGAUGCUCAGCCCUGGAUUGAGCGUUACGCUUACCACAUGGUUGCGCCCUCCACCGAGCAGAAGUACCUCAUCAGCCCUGACGGCCAGAGCCUGUCAAGCAUUGGCAAGAUCUUCGCUACUGCUUAG